AUGGCGAGGCCCAAUUCCAGAAUCUCCGACAGCAGCAGGUUCAUGGAGAGCAUCUCCGCCUCAGUGCCGUUCAAGAGUCUGCUCUCGAAAGCAAAGCAGAAGUCGAUCUCAAAUCGCCGCUCAAAAAUCAGAUCGGACGGUGAGAACAUUGCUCCCAUCGAUCCCAACAUUCAAAUUCGCGAUCCUCCUAUUUCUGCCUCGAUCACGUUGCCCAAAAAAUCGCCUUCCAAGGUUAAAGUUAGUCCUAUAACAGAGGAUCUUACUGCAUCCGUAGUGUCUGAGAAAGUACCAGAAGGUCACGAUCCUCCAGUGAAGAAGCAGCUGUGUUUGGUUUAUGCGAAGGGCUGUAUGUUAAUUAUGUUCCAAAAUGGCAGGGAUAUGGAGAUGGAUCGAGGUAAAUUGUUUGUCGGUGGUAUUUCCUGGGACACAAACGAGGAGCGCCUCAAAGAAUAUUUCGGGACGUAUGGGGAGGUGAUGGAGGCAGUGAUCAUGAGGGACAGAACCACAGGCCGGGCCCGUGGGUUCGGCUUCAUAGUCUUUGCUGACCCUACGGUUGCCGAAAGAGUGGUCAAGGAGAAGCACGUGAUCGACGGACGAACUGUGGAAGCUAAAAAAGCUGUCCCAAGAGACGACCAGAACUUGACCAAUAGAAACAGUAGCAGCACCCAGGGAUCGCCUGUGCCUGGGCGGACCAAAAAGAUUUUCGUGGGAGGAUUAGCAUCCACGGUGACUGAGAGUGACUUCAAGAACUACUUCAGCCAGUUUGGAUCCAUAACAGACGUUGUGGUCAUGUAUGACCACAACACCCAGAGGCCGAGGGGCUUUGGGUUCAUAACCUAUGACUCGGAGGAUGCAGUGGACAGGGUGCUCCACAAGACCUUCCACGAGCUCAACGGAAAGAUGGUCGAGGUAAAGCGAGCUGUUCCCAAGGAGCUGUCCCCCGGGCCCUCACGUGGCAGUCCGCUCCUUGGGUAUAACUACGGCUUCAGCAGGGGUAGUGGUUUCCUCAGUGGCUAUCCACAGGGUUACAACUUAAGCUCGCUUGGGGGCUACGGUGUUAGGAUGGACGGCAGGUACAGUCCUCUGGUCGAUGCACGUGCUGGGGUUUCACACUUUGGGUCGCCCGCCUAUGGUGUGGGCAUGAACAUAGAUCAAGGUUUGAAUCAAGGUUUGGGAGGGGGGUCCAGUGUGGGGUACGGGCGUGUGAUGAGCCCUUACGUGGGCGGUACUCAGAGCAGAUAUAAUACCCCUAUUGGGUAUAACAAUACGAAUAGUAGCAGCCAGGGUGAGUCCUUUUUCAACUCGCCAUCUAGGAAUGUGUGGGGAAAUGGUGGGCUUGGUAGUAAUGCGGUGAGUAAUGUUGGCUCGGGUUCGUACAUUGGUUCAGGGAGUGGUGGUUUUGGGGUGUUUAGGAAUGGGAAUUGGGGAACUUCUAAUAACAAUGGAGGUACUUUGGGGGGAGUUUCAUUGGGGUUCAAUGGAGGCACUGUGGGUUACAGAGGUGGUGGGGAGAAUAACUACCCAAUCGGUUCAGGAGGGUUUGGGAGGAACAGUGGGACGGGAGUUGGCUCUGUGUCUGCUUUUUCUUCAUCCAGGGGCGGAUAUGAAGGGUCUUAUGGGGAUAUUUACCGUGGGGGUUCUGUUUAUGGUGAUCAGACCUGGCAAACUCCAACUUCUGGGCUGGAUAAUUCGGGUUCAUUCGGUUAUGCUCUUGGGAACUCGGCAGAUGUAGCCGAUAAAGAGUCUGAGGAUUUUGGCGUGGGGUAUGACAUUCCAAAUAGACAAUCCAAUAGAGGGAUUGCAACAUAG